AUGGAAGGCCUCGACGACUCUGAGCCUCCUCUCGCAGAGGCUUUCCCGUCUUCCUCCCCUCCGGCGCGGUGCGUCGAGGACCCGUCGCUCGGCGCCGCCGUCUCGCCACCCGGCGCCUCGGAUGGCCUUCCCAGUUUCGAAGACGAGUACGACGUCCUCGCAGAUCUCUCCAACCUCGACAGGCCUCAGCCUUUCUCCGAGCCGCCGGGGAUCAAUGCGGAAGAGCCUUCUCUCUCUUCGCCCUCGGCUGCUGCGACAGGGCAGGGCGAUCGCGCGCCGGAGCCCGCUGCGACGACCGCUGCGACGCACCACCCAGACAGCCAACAGGCGAAGCAUUCUUCGCGCCGCGAGGCUCGUCAGCCAGACUGGUCCGUGUACGCGGCGUCCGCGUACGAGUCGCAGACUGACACCGCCCUCGAAGGCAAGUGGGAGUUCCUGUCUGCGCGAAGCGACCGACCCCAGGCGGCGGCGCUUUUGCGGAAACGCCUGACCACGUACCAGCGACAAGGCCUGCGGCGGUCCGUCGCCCCCGUCUUCUUUUGUCACCUCCGGGAGUAUCUCCACCUCUUGCUUCUCUUGCAUCGCGAGGAACGGCGAUACUCGCUUUUCACGUUCAAAUCCAAGAGUUGGGAGCGGCCGGAAGAUGUGCUGGAGCGUAAGCUGGAACGCGUAUGCACCAAGCACCGGUCCGAAGUGGAGAAAAGCUCCAGUUACACCUGGGUAGCUGACCAGCGAAGCGAGAAAGUCGCAGCGGAAGUCGGCGAGUUCCUCGGCGAACUGUGGAAAUCGGAAUUCGACGAGGAGCCGCGACCUUUCCUCCCGCCCCACGUCACGCGCCCGAAAGAAAAAAUCCGACUCUACCAGGUGCUUCUGCCGCCGACGUGCUCUUUUCGCCUGCCGCCGGCGUUCUCUCUCGCCGCCAUUCCGCUCUGCGAUCUGCGGCCGGAGAUCCACGGCACCGCCUUGGCGGGGGUGGCUCACCUCGUCUCGCGGUUCCGCUUUCGUCUGCUCGCCCCCUCGCUGGAAGCGAGUUCUCUGUCCGGCAGUCGAAACGCGCCGGGAAGAGACGGGCUGGAAGACGAGUUCUCGGCCGAAUUCCUCGAGGCCCUGGAGCGGAUGAACACCUCGCAGGACACGGAGGCGCUAAACGGCCAAGACGCUCCCGAGGAGCUUCCCCCCGAACUGGCGGCUCUAGCAGAAGAAGACUGA